AUGCAGCUCCACCCUCGGACCAGCACCCCUAAAGCCUCGACCGUGCUCCGCGACUUCCUCGCGCAGGCCAAGUGCAUCUGCUGCACGGUACGCGUGGUCUCGCUGACGGGCUCCCGCGCCGUGGUGGAGUGGGGCUCGGUGCCCUACUUCACCGCGCGCGGGCGCCGGGCCGAGUUCGUCUACCACACAGCCGAGCGCGCCGCCGACCUCCGCCCGGAGGUGCUCCGCACGUACGCCGGCCGCGAGGAGAAGUCGGCCGAGUGGGUCCGCGACCGCCUGCGCGACAGCUGGCUGGUUGAGCGGCUCGUCUACUGGGCCGAGUUCCUCGAGGAGUGGAAGUUUUAUCGCGAGUGGUACGUCUACCGCGCCGACCUGUUCGAGAGGCUGCCCGACGUGUUCAGUCCUGGGUGCGAGGGGUGCGUCAAGACGCAUCGGCCUGACGGCAUGCGGCGACGGGCUUCGUCUGUGUCUUGA